CUGGCAUACAUGGAAUUCUGAUCUCAGUUGAUAAAUUAUAUCUUCCUUAGUUACCUAACUUAAGACUUACAAUUGCCAUUGCUAAUAAUUUCUGUUCUUUUGUUUCCUUAACUCUCUAGACCUAAUAUCAAGUCCCCAAUAUAUACCUUUUGGUUAAAUAUGGUUAAAGUUAUAUCAUUGUAGGUAAUAUUUAUAAUUUAUUAAGUACUGACUUUGAGCCAGAAACUGUUCUAUAUGCUUUUUGUAUGUUUUGUUAGUUAUUCAUCUGAUAGACCUUGGAGGCAGGCACCAUCUCUACCUCCAUUUUGUAGACGAGGACACAGACAGAGGACGAUAAGUAUUUGCCUGAGGUCCCAGAGCUAAGGGGGUACUGGGACCACCAUUGUUUGCAGUUUUUGAAAGUAUUUCAAGGCAAAAAUUUAGUUGUCAGUGGGAGCAAUGGAAGAUCACAAGGCAGAAGAAGAGCUGUUAGAUAUUCUCCGACUGAAUGUGGGUGGCUGUAUUUACACAGCCAGGCGUGAGUCCUUAUGCCGGUUUAAGGACUCCAUGCUGGCAUCCAUGUUCAGUGGUCGUUUUCCUCUAAAAAAAGAUGAAUCAGGGGCUUGUGUUAUUGAUCGUGAUGGACAUCUGUUUAAAUACCUUUUGGAUUAUCUUCAUGGAGAAGUUCACAUUCCCACAGAUGAGCAAACCCGAGUUUCUCUACAGGAAGAGGCUGAUUACUUUGGCAUCCCUUAUCCAUACAGCCUGUCUGACCACUUAGCCAAUGAAAUGGAGACAUAUUCUUUAAGGUCAAAUAUAGAACUUAAAAAGGCUUUAACAGACUUCUGUGAUUCGUAUGGUUUAGUUUGCAAUAAACCAACAGUUUGGGUUCUCCACUAUCUUAACACAUCUGGUGCAAGCUGUGAGAGUAGAAUUAUUGGUGUAUAUUCCACAAAAACUGAUGGAGUAGAUGCUAUUGAUAAGCAGCUGGGAGGAAGAAUUCACAGUAAAAGCAUUUUUAAAAGAGAGGCGGGAAAUAAUGUUCAGUACAUUUGGAGCUAUUAUUCAGUAGCAGAACUGAAGAAAAUGAUGGACGCCUUUGAUGCCUGGGAAGGAAAAGAAAGUAUUUUUUUGUGUGUGUGUGGAUCCAGCUAUUUGUCAUUUCAAGGUGUUAGCUACUGGCGGGUGCCUCAUGAGCUGAUAGAAUGUUGGACUCUGGAAGAGCGGCCUUUACUGGGAAGCCUGCGUCACAUGGCCCCAAUUCGAAAGAGGAGACUGAUAGCAUUUGACGAAGAGGAAGAAGGUGUGAACUGUAAGACUGGUCCUAAGCCUGUCAGAUAUUUGGGCCCUUCCACCAGCACCCAAAUUAAAGUCAAGAACUCGGCUUCAAUCAGGGUGUCUCUGGCUAGUGCCCUCCAGGCCUGGUCCCCGGCCAUGGCAAACCAGUCUUUAGGAGGAAUGACAUCUCAGAGCUCUGCACUGUCUAAAGCCCUGUCCCCAGUGGGCACUGAGGUACCUGGGCAUCUCCCAGCUUCCCAUAGGCCUGGGAGUGCUGAAAAUGGAGCCACACACCCACCUCCAGCUAAGGUUCUGCUCUCUGACAAGAAGGCCACCCCACACCGAGUGAUAAAGCUGAAGCGGACUCCACUGUGUGCCACUGGGCCUUCCCCGCCCACUUGCUCAGCAGCAAGGCCCGCGGGGACCCUGGUGCCACCACCCGCUAAACCACCCACCUUGGAUGUGUGGACCGAAAAUGGGCAGGGCAAGGCUGAUUGAAGGUGGACCCCAGAUGUCCUGCUUGCCUCUCAGAGCUUCCAACCUGGUUGAUACACAUAAGUGACACUGUCGAUGCAAUAGAGGUGAAAAUGUAAUGUUUGUAUUCAGGAUAAUUACGGGAAAAAUAAAUUGUGUGACAGAAGAAUGGAGGAGGGGAGACUUUAGGUGGUUGGGGCUAUAGUACCUUCUCAUUUUUCCAACUUUUAAAUGAUUAUUUGUCUAUAGACAGUUUGAAUGUCAGGUUUUUAAUGGUUAAUUGGUAUUAAGGCAACAAAACAGUAUAGCAAAAUCAUCACUAGAGAAGUUUAUUUUUUGCUGAAAUAACUAUAGACUUUAGUCACUUUUGUAAUGUUCCUCAUUGUAGCCCAUGGGUAGGAGUGAGUCUGGUCUUGGAUGUUCCUGCCUGGUGAGAUAGAGAGGGUGAUACUGGUGCUUCCCAGGGCUACAUCACAAUCAGGACAGACGAGAGAAAAACAGAUCAAGGUGAACUCACUGCAAGUUACUCUCAGUCUCAAAAGGCAACAUGAAAAGAAAUGAUGGGAAGGGGGAAAAAAGAUAAUUUGACUUUUACUUACUUAAACUGUUUUCUUUUCUA